CAUAUGAAAGAUUUUGCACGAAGGCACGUUUUGAAGAUAAGAUAAUUCGGGCGUGGCCUAUCUGAGAACUGCCGUUUUCACCCGAAGAAUUCGCGAUGCAGUCACAAAUACACGAGCUUUGUUUCAAGGUCAACCUCGCCUCAAGACCUUCACAUUGGUGGUUUUAAAGAUGGCAGGUCGUCAUCUUAAAAUCCCGGCCAGGAACCCUGACCCUGCUAGACGAGGUCAAUUUGAAAGGUCGUUAUCUCAGCUUGUUGCCAUCUCGCUUACCGAAAUCGCAGGUUGAGGCAAAUUUUGGCUGCAACGGCUGCUGCAAGUAGCUUCCUCGCUCCGGGAGUAUUGUAUACUGAGAGCCUGUGUGUUUGCUUAUGGAGUUUCCUGAACGAGUAUUGCUCUGUUGUCUUCACCGCAAAAAGUUGCUUUAAUUUACUUCUAAGGCCCUACGUGCUUGCAAUUUAAUGGAAGCUCCCCUUAUACAUAUUUAUUUCAAUUAGCGCCUAAAAAUUACUUUAGAAGAUUGAACGAUCCGCCAACUUAGUUAUGUCUGUGCGCAUUCUCUGGAGAAGCAUUAUCACUGAAAAAACUCGGCAUCGUUCGUACUUUUAUUAAAACUCCGUACGCUCGACUAGUUUGUUUAGGAAAAGUCUUGAAUGAUCACCUCUCAGGAACUUUUAGACGGAGAUGGAAGAGAUCCACUACAGUAUAUUUCCAGCGAACCGGCGUGAUGUUGUUGGCAUCUGCGACGCAGGCUUGGUUGGACAUAUGCGAAAUGGAAAGAGAAUUCCAAGAGGUCAUUCAAUUGUAUGCCUGAUGUUUGGGGGAUUUUUUGAAUCCACUGUUCAAUCUAUCCGUUAGUUGUCUAUAUUUUUAAAAGCUCCUGUCACUUGUCAAGGACCGUUAAACAAAUGAAACUGUUAAUCUUGUGACCGCUUUUUUAUGACCUUGGAAUGCUCGAAAAAAAUAGACGGAUAAGGACUGUUUUUCUUCCUCUUUCAGUGUAUUUACAGUAAUAUAAGGAGGUGACCAACUCUUAAAUGGAUAUGAGGUGUGUUCAAAAUGUCACAAACCACACCUUCAAAGACCUGAUCACCUUCAAAUACUUCACAGAUCACAAGUUUUAUAUCUGUGCUUCGAAUUCUACUCAGAUUUACUCUAUCGCGUGCGUUGUUCAGUGGCGCGCGGUUUUCUCGGUAAACGUGCCGAUGGGUGCUCGACUAUACCUACGGCUUGUGUGUGGUGUGAGUGAUAUUUUCGUAUGAGAAAUUACAUGCAUGGGCAAGGAAAGAGUUAGGUUCAACGAAGCGUUUGUUCCGAGACAGCCCACAACCUGCUGUCCACCCUGAGUUAUACCGCGCGUCAGACUGCCUAAGUAGUUGGGCCAUAUUCAUGAAUUUAUUCAACAAAAUUGGCCUCGAUUUCUAUAACUAUUUCCUUAGAAAGUAAAAAAUGAAACCGGUGCGAUGGCGUGUUUACAUCACGUUGUUUUUCCUCACGUCGGAGAUCGCCGUCUUGCUGGGAAAGCCUGCCAAGAAGUCACGUAAAAGAGGCAAGCGAACGCUCGAGUCGACGCCGAAGCUAACGCGCAGAGAAUGGGAACAGCUUCAUAAGUUCGAAGAUGCGCUUAAAAACGACAAUGGAGAGCUUAUGUUCACCAAUUCCUGGGCUGUCAAACUUGACCCCGCCGAGAUAAAAGUCGCGGACAGGAUUGCUAAGAAACAUGGAUUUACAAACUAUGGCCAGGUUGGGUCACUUAGAGGUUAUUAUCAUUUUAAACAUGUAGGCAAAGGUUUACGUCACAAGCGUCACAUACAUGAAAAGACCAAGUUAUUACUAUCUGAAGAAGAAGUUGUAUGGGCGGAACAUCAGCACAUCUUAGUAAGAACAAGAAAGGAUGGUAUUCCUAGUGAUCCUAAAUUCAGAGACCAAUGGUAUCUUGAACUUUUAGACGGAGAUGGAAGAGAUCCACUACAGUAUAUUUCCAGCGAACCGGCGUGA